GACGCAUUUUCCGGGGCCCCGUAGCUUUACCAUUGGCGAGAUGAAGUGAACUAUUGAUUAGAGUCAAGGACUUGGAGAUAAGGAUCAGAAUGACCCCGGACUGGCAGCGCCGGCUUCACGAUCAUAAAUGGGAGCCCCGGGAACGUUCUUAUGACCUUUGACGUUGAGCAACCAUCUAUCCGCAUUACUUUCAUUAUCACCAAUAUCGGUGUGAAUCACCUCCCAUACCUUUUAUAAGAUCUCUUAGUAUCCGUUCUGAUACAUCUGCAUCUUUAUAUUCAAAAUGGCCGCUGCAGCAGUAUUGCCAGCUCCCGCUGACACCAAGCGGAAUUGGUCUCCCAUCAUUACGGCACCUGCUGUGUCGGCUGUGGGAAAUGAUGCCUUUAAUCCCUCAAAGCACAUUGCCUUCAAGGAGGCGCCUAAGGUGUACACCAUGAAGGAAAUCGGUCUUCCCGAGGAUACUGGUAUCUCUUCGGUCGCCGUCUCAGAGCCUUUCCCUCUAUUCACAGAGGAAGCUGUAAUGAGGAUGAGGCAAGAGGUUCUCAGCCCCGAGGUGUUGAGCAACUGCCAGUACUCUAGCAAUUUGGCACAAUGCCAACUAAGAGGAUUCGCGAAUAAGUACGCACCAUUCGUGUAUGACGUAUGGAAGAGCCCGGAGACAUUAGCUAUCAUCUCUAAAGUCGCGGGUAUCGAGCUAGUGCCCGAGAUGGAUUUUGAAAUCGGCCAUAUCAAUAUAUCGGUCAAAUCGGAGAAGGAGAAGCAAGAAGAACUCCAAGCCUUCAACGACCGGGCUCAAUACGAGGCCGACGAGGGCAUCGCGGGUUGUCCCUGGGAGGAUGAUAAGCCCAUCGUAGAUUGGCACACAGACAGCUACCCCUUCGUCUGCGUGACCAUGCUUAGCGACUGUACUACUAUGAUCGGAGGUGAGACGGCCCUGCGAACAGGCAACGGUGAUAUUAUGAAAGUGCGAGGUCCUCAGAUGGGUUGUGCAGUGGUACUCCAAGGCAGAUACAUAGAGCACCAAGCUCUACGAGCACUUGGCACGGCGGAGCGUAUCAGCAUGGUGACUUCGUUCCGGCCACGAUCCCCGAAGGUGAGGGAUGAUACAGUUUUGACAACCGUGAGACCUAUCUCCAAUCUCUCGGAGCUAUACAACCAGUUUAGCGAGUACCGUCUUGAGAUUCUAGAAGAGCGCAUCCGACAGCAGUUGAAGGAGCUGCGUGAGGCUAAUAGCGCCGGCCGCAAGGUCGCGACACGCAAGCUGAAGGCCUUCUUCGAGGAACAGGAGAAAUUCCUUGCGCACAUGAACCAUGAGAUGGUAGAUGACGAGGACGUCAUGAUGGGAAGCAUUGAUGACAGCCAUCUUCUCAAGAAGGGUGAGGCGGCGACGGCUAAGAAAGCGGAUACCAAGUCCAAGAAACGCCCUAGACGUUUCUAAAUAGAGAGGCUAGAAGAGACAGUAGGGAUUCAUUUGGGCGUGUAUGGUUACAGUUUUAAACUGAUCCAUUGGUCAUAUUUGGCUUGACCUUGUUUUAUUUAGGAUAAUCAUAUGAGCAGUAAAGGGGAGAUAAUUAUCUCGGACAGCCA